UCUCACUCCUUGACGACCAGUUCUCAGGGUGCGUUGCUCCCACGUGCUUUCUACUCGGCGUUACUCUAUUUUCGUACUCUUUCUUAUCUUUCUUUCUCUCCCGCGUCUUCUCUCGAAACGCUCGAAAGACCGAGAUCGAGAUCUCUCCCGCGAACCUCUUCAACGAAAUUCCGUAACGAUGAGCACCAACGUUCUCGUCAGGAUUUGCGGCCCGAGGCUUUUGCGCGCCGCAAUGACCGAGCAAAAAUCAUGGAUCGCCGUCAGCAGGUGUCUUAGUACCACCAUGUCGCGCAGUAUGCUAAAGGAUUCGCCGAAUGCGGCGUUGGAUAAAACUCUGUUGCAAAAGUAUCUCGAUCUGCCUCAACCGGAGAAUGCAGUUCAGGCGAAAUACAUCUGGAUCGACGGUACUGGCGAAGGAUUACGCAGCAAGACCAGAACCGUGAACUUUGUACCGAAACAUCCUUCCGACCUGCCAACGUGGACUUACGAUGGUAGCUCGACGUACCAGGCUGACGGUGCCAACAGUGAUAUAUUCCUCUACCCGGUGGCGAUUUAUAACGAUCCCUUCCGUCGCGGUAACAACAAGCUCGUGCUCUGCGACACCUACUACAGCGAUAAGACGCCAACGAAAUCGAACAAACGGUACCGCGCGAACCAGGCGAUGGAAACUAUUAAGGAUCAGGAGCCUUGGUUCGGCAUCGAGCAGGAGUAUACUCUUCUGGAUUUCGACGGUAGGCCUCUCGGUUGGCCCAAGAACGGCUUCCCGGGCCCACAAGGUCCCUACUACUGCGGCGUCGGCGCCGACAAGGUGAUCGGCCGCGAAAUCGUCGAGGCUCACUACAGGGCUUGCCUCUAUGCCGGCGUCAAGCUUGCGGGGACCAACGCCGAGGUCAUGCCGUCGCAAUGGGAGUUCCAGGUGGGACCGUGCUCGGGCAUUGACGCCGGAGACGAUUUGUGGAUCGCCCGAUUCAUUCUGCACCGCAUCGCCGAAGAGUACGGUGUGAUCGUCACCCUGGACCCGAAACCGGUGGACGGCUCGUGGAACGGCGCCGGUGCCCAUACCAACUUCUCGACGAAGGCGAUGCGCGGCGACAACGGUAUCGCCGAGAUCGAGAAGGCAAUCGACAAGCUCAGCAAGCAACACCUCAGGCAUAUCCAGGCGUACGAUCCGCGUGGAGGAAAGGACAACGAGCGCAGGCUGACCGGCAAAUGCGAGACCAGCAACAUUCACGACUUUAGCGCUGGGGUGGCCAAUCGAAACGUCAGCAUUCGCAUUCCCCGUGGCGUCGCCGAGGACAAGAAGGGUUACUUGGAGGACAGGAGGCCCAGCAGCAAUUGCGAUCCCUAUUCCGUCUGCGACGCUCUGGUCCGCACCUGUGUGCUCAACGAAUAAUAAAACCACGCGGCGAAACGAGGACGCGUGUGGAAGACACACCGGAAGACCGACACGCACACACCUGCAUACACCUGGAGCGUACAAUUACUUGUAGAACUUAGAUUCCUCUUUUUCCUGUGCGGAAUGGUGAUUAAUUUUGAAUUUAUCUACCGGAAAAGUAAAGAAAUUUCAGCAUUCAGCGUAUUAAGUAAUCAUUCGAGAGCUACAGGUGCUAUGAUAAAUGAAAUUCGCCAUUAACGAUUAGGCAGGGCAUUGUCAAAAGAGAAUCGAUGCUUUUCCGAUGUCACACGAGAUUGAUUCGAUUCUCUUUCGCUGUUUACACCUUACAGAUAAGGUAUUAUUGUUUAGAGAAGGAGGACAAAGCGGAUCAUUGAUUCGAUUUAUGGAUUGUCAUCUGUAAAUCGGCCGUAUUCAUAGUCGGAAUAAAAGAAAUACUAGGUAAUUCUAAGAUGAGCUUGUAAUUAUAAGUGCGAGGCAUAAGUUGUUGUUCAAGUUAUCGCGAUAAAUUCCUUCCUAAAGCUCGUCUUUUUUGUAAAUUUUAUAAUACCAUUUUAAAAAACGGCAUAAGAACAAAUUAAGAGAUUGUUGUUUAAAAACAGGAACAGAAUAUACACGUAAAAAUAAGUAAGUUGAUACGAAAAAUUUAUGAAAUAUUAAUUACACAUGCACCGAAUUUGUUUUCUUGUUGCGCGCACAAAAUUAUUGAAUAAUAAUAGAACAAAUCGUAAAAUUAACGAGUCUAUUCCUUCAGAAGAGAAAUUUUUGACUAUAAAAUUCAAAACGCAUAAUUUUUCUAUUUUUAAACAUAUUUUGUAAUAUCCAAUUAUUUUAUAAAAUGAAUUUGCUUGUUGUUAUCGUUUAGCUUUAUUAUUUAUCGAUAUUACGUUUUUUUUUAAGUUCGAACAGUGAUGCGUAUUCAAAUAGUCAUGUAUACAGAUUCACACACACACACACACACAUACGUAUAAUAUUUCACAUACACACGCAUAUAAAAUAAAAAAAUAUACAUAAUACAUAAUAUAUGCAGUAUAUGUACAAUCGCGUUUACAAAUAUACGGUCGCUUAUAGUUCAUACAAAUUAUGUACAUAUAUGUAUUAUAUGCCUUUGUACUAAGAUGCUCAGAACAACUUAUCAUUUGAAAUAAUGCCACAUUUUAUAUAAUGUCAAAUUAACAGAAUGUUGAAUAUUUUAUAGAUUAAGCGUUUGCGUUAUAUUUUUGCAUAUAAUUUUAUAAAUUGCUGUUAAAUAUACUAUAAUUACUGUGCAUUAAUCAAAUAGCGUUUGGAAGACGAACAAAAAACGAGCUGUUAUUAUUUACUUGUCCAAGUAUAAUACGGGAAGACAAGCGAAAUUCUUUCAUGCAUAAAAUGGUUUAAAUGAAAGGUUUGAACACUUUGAAACGUUUUAGGUAUUUGUCAUUUUAUAUUUAAAAGCAUUGCUGUGCCUGCAAAAUAAAGUACCAAGAAAUCGAGUCGUUUCAUAAUAAACACUUUCGCUACUGACUGAACUCUUAUAUCAUAUUCCUUGUUUCAAGCGCUAUUGGUUUUUUAAUUAAAAUUAUACUUUUCACUUAUGUUUUUAUUUAAAAAAUGUACAGUAAUUACGAGAUUGAUAGAUCAUCUAAAAAUAAAUAAAUAAAUAAUUCUUUAUUCUAGAAAUGUAAUUUUCAAUAUUUAAAUUGUUAUUUCAUCUGUACAAUUUUUUUUUAAAAAUACGUAUUUUAAAUAUAAACGAUAUGUCGUUUAUUAAUGUUGCGAAUGUUAAAAAUAUAUCAAAAGAAACGACGAGAAUCGUAUCGAUUUCAAAUAUAUAUUCUCGUUAUUAUGAAAUUAGAAAUAAGAUAAACUAAAGUGAUCUUUGCGUGAAUAAUAUUUUUAAUUUAAGUUUUAGACUACGAAUACGGCCUGAAAGUAUAGCCGCUGAAUUGCUUCUGAGUUUCGUAUUUUUGAUAUAAAAGAAUCUUGUUCAGUAUCAUCGAAUUCUAAGCUUCACUUGUGUAAAGAUCACAUCAAACUUCAAAGUAAAUUCGUUUCUAGCACCGUUCAACGCUAAAUUAUUCAAUUUGUCAUUCGAGUUUUUUAUAACCUUACACGUUCGAAUUUAUCAAGAAGCGGACACAAUUUAGAUACGUGCGAAAUUUGGACGACAGCAAGAUAUGAGAGAGAUAGUUUAAGAGUGCGUGAAGAGUACUCGCAAGCAUGUCCAUCGAAUCGAGUCUGAAACGCGCACGUUUUUAUUACCGAGCUAGUUAGUUAAAUCGUAAACAGCACGUUCCAUAAUAGUUCCAUGCAUGAAACGAUAAAUCGAUACUUUUGGACGAAGAACGAUAUCAUUCAAUAUCUGUUCUUCGUUGUCCAAUUGGAUGAGAGCCGCAAUCUAGCGAUGUUCUCGAGUAUCUCUAAAGAGAAGCUCCCAUAUGGAAAGGAAGUAUUGAGAACUAUGCACCAUGUCUAUAAUUAUUAUUCAAUUUCUAUAGUAGUAGCUGUAUCCAUUUUUAGAAUAGUGUGAAUAAUAAUGUCCUGUAAAACUCUGAAUAGUUAUACUUCUCAAUAGUUUCUUUCCAUACGAAAGGGUUGCUCAAGAGUUAACGGAUGUUGAGACACUCACGGUCGCAUAUGUAAAAUUGAAAGUCACUAUUGAUAAAAUGUAGUACAAUGCGAAAGUAGUAUGUAAGGACGUAUCCUUAGAGAUACGCGAGGGAUCAAUAAGGAUGUGACGAUCGAUCGCAGAUGGAUCGAUUCGACUUGCCUUCUUCGGCGUUCUCGCGAGAAUGUCGCGAGGACGUCGCACGAGCAGUAUAAUCUUCUAGCAAAUAUCUAGAAAAUUAGCGCAAUUAUUUAAGAGAGUUUAUUGUUUAAGGCGAAACAAUACAGUAGAUUUACGAAGUCGGAAAACACGUACGUGUCUCCGAAGAAGGGUGCGCCGGCCGAUGCCAAAGCGAGAGUUCGGAGGCGCAAUCAGCGUCGGUUCAAUUUUCAGAGGAUUACAAGCGCAUAUUAUAACAAUUGUUAAAUAAAGAAGUUUUAUCUUUCCAUUUCGGCCUCAAAUUUAUUAAAUACGAAACUGGGGUUAGAGACACGUGACAACUGUAAAGUUGAGAGGUUCAUUCUCAUCUCUUCACUUAAAAAAAGUGUUUAAUUUUAAGAUAUUAAAACGUUUUGUAAAACGUAUGUCGUGAAACACUCGCACGAUAUUUUAUACAAAAUCGUAAAUUACGUCAAUAUAAGAGAGCUAAGAACGAGCAACAAAUUAAAGAAUGUUAAAUAAUUAAACUUAAUUAAGAAGUUCAAUAAUUAAAUUUAAUCUACUAAUUGUAUAUCAUUGUAGCGAAACCGAUCAAUUGUAUGCAAUCUUUUUUAGUUGCAUUUACAAAACUAAUUAUAAACAAAUUAGUUUUUUUCCAAUUAGUAAAUACAUUAGAUGUUUAAUAAAUAAAAGUAUUACAAUAAACAUAAUUAGGUGAGGCAGUAAGUCGGCGAAUGAUCAACGGCAUCAAAUCAACGAUUAAAGUCAAUGCUUCAAAAGAAAGAAGGGCCAAAAGUUUUCAAAAUCUAAAUUUAAGAUACUAAAACGUUUUCUACCUGUCUUAAGUAUUUAAAAAUAUUUUUUAAAAUACUCAAUUAAAAAUGUUUUAGUGUCAAAUAGUGUUUACAUUUGAAACAUUAAACGUUUAAGGCUGAAACAUUUUUAACAGUUUUAAAUAUUUUAAUGUUUUAAACCUGAACAUUAUUUGACAUUAAAACAGUUUUUGGUGUAAUAUUUGUAAUGUAUUUAAGUAUUUAAAAAUACGGAGAUAGAGAUAAAAAAUAUUUUAAUAUUUUAAAAUUAAACACUUCUUUUUCAAGUGUUUAUUUCUUCAUAGCACUUAAUCCCAAAUGCUUUCAAAAUUAAAAUUUUUCUGCCGAUAUACACCUUUUUCUCCUGAGAUACUUCGUGUAUGAAAAAAAUGUAAUAUAUAGCAGCGUUUUUAUAUGCCAAGAACAAAUCACACAUGUACGAAAGCGAUGCUUAGAUCAAUGUAUUUCAACUCAUUUCUUGACAUCGCAUCGAUACUGCGACAAUAAAGUACACGAAUAUUCUGCUUUGCAAAAUAAUAAACAUGAAUAAUGUCAUAACAAAUAUCAAUGAAACGUUAAUAAUAACAAAAUAUUGUCGGUUUCUCUACGAAGAUUUUUCACAACGAAAUAUCAGCGAAACGCAAUCGAUUAAGAGUUCUCGUUUCAAAUACUUUAGGACACACGAUUUUCACAUUGAAUAAUUUUAGAUAUAAAUAUAAUUUAAUAUUUAAUUUAAUUAAAUGAUUAACCCAAAUAUCUCAAUCGUCAAUUUGUAAAAAUUUGUAAGAACUGCGAAUUGUAAGCACAAAAAUGAGCUUAAUGAAAGGAUUAUUUUACUA